UCACACCUCCCGGGUAUCCCCGCCGACACGCAGCCACCAAUUCUCUCUCCGCCUCGUCGCCUCCGUCGUCGUCGUUGCUGCUGUUCCAACGUCUCUCGCUAUCGUCGACCCAACUUGUUGUUGUUGUUCAAUAAUUUAGAUUGCUAAGAUGCCGCUCUUCUCGCCCACCAACCCGUUCGACGGCGACGUGGAACGAGCAACUAGUGAAAGCAACUCAACCGAAGACUGGUCUCUAAUCACAGACAUCUGCAGUCAAGUUGAAGCAUCUCCCAAUGGGUCCAAAGACUGCUUAAUGGCAAUCAUGAAGAGAGUACAGCACAAGGUUCCUUUGGUGGCUAUGCAUUCUCUGACACUGCUGGAGGCUUGUGUGUCAAGUUGUGGGAAGCCCUUCCAAGUGCAGAUUUGCUCGAAGGAAUUCUCCGAUGAAGUCACGAAGGUUCUGGAGAAGGCACAUCCGAAGGUGUGCGAUCGAUUAAAGGCAAUGCUGGUGGAGUGGUGGGAGAAGUUUAAGAAUGACUCCCAGAUGUGUCUCCUCUUCUUCAUCAUCAAGAAUCUAAAGGAUAAGGAAAUUGAGUUUCCGGCCCUUGGCUCAAAGGAGAUGGAGGCUGCUAAGGCUGGCUUUGGAUCCCCUGCAAAGGAGCCUUCAAAAGGUGUGGUCAGGUCAAAGGAGGAAGAUGAUCUUGCAAAAGCCAUCGAGCUUUCUAUCAAGGAGCAAAAGCAGUAUCCUUCAUUGUCCGGUGUUGGAGGCUCCUCCUCUUCCACCACCUCGUCAGUCGGCCCGUCGCUCGCCUCCCCACCGAGCCUGUACCCACAGGCUGUAAUGACAUCCAUCCCGCUCGGAGCACCGAGCGGUGUAGUGCGUAAAGUGCGCGCCUUGUACGACUUCGAAGCAGCCGAAGAUAAUGAGCUGACCUUCAGGGCUGGAGAAAUCUUGACUGUGCUGGAUGACAGCGAUGCCAACUGGUGGAAAGGCGAGACAGAGAGUGGCCUCGGGUUGUUUCCCUCCAACUUUGUGACGGCUGAUCUCACCGCAGAACCAGAGAGUGUGCGAAGGUACGAGAUCAGGGAAGAACCAGAGGAAGUUCCCACUGCCGAACCUGACCCAGAACCCCUGUCUAUUAAUGAGGAGCGCAUGGAUCACGUGCUGCACAUGUUGCAAAGCCUGGAUCCCAAAGAUGAUCGUCCUGAGUCUGCAGAACUACUACGUCUUGAAGAAUCUUGCCACCAGAUGGGGCCGUUGAUUGACCAGAAGUUGGAAGAAAUAGACAGGAAGCACUCGGAGCUCUCGGAGAUGAAUGCAAACCUUGGCGACGCCAUUAGCUUGUACAAUCGGCUGAUGAAGGAGACUCAUUACUACUGCCCCUACUCCAAGGUGCACACCGAGCAUCAGUACUACCCUGGCCAGCAAUCUGCCUCAGGGUCACAGGGUUAUGCUGGGCCAAGCGGGCCUCACUAUGCACCCCCGCAAGGCUACGUGCCCCCCAAUGAACAGCCGGCCCCCUUGAACUCACUGCCACAAUUCCCGACUGCACCUCAUCAUGUCCAGCCGCCCCCACAGCACACAACUAACCCCAGCAUUGGUGUCGGCUCCAUGCCACCUGCAAUGCAGUACGCAUCUCUACCGGCAAUGGCCGGGCAGGCGGCAAGCUACGCUCCCUCGCAUCCGUACGGGACGCCUCCGAUGCCACCAGCCUUUGCUAGCCAACAGCAGCCUUCUGGAUAUCCGCCACAGCAGCAGCAACAGCAAUAUCCAGGAUACCAGGUGCACAAUCAAGUGUCUGUGAACCCAGGUUAUGUGUCUGCACAACCGCUUAUUCAUGCACAGGCCCAACACAUGCACCAGCCUUUGCUGUAAGCGUGUCUCAUAUACAGGUGCUAAGGCAAGAGUCAAGAGUGUCUCCCUACUCAAGCAAUACGACAUCACUCGUCUCUGUUGGUGGCCCAAAGCCCACGUUUAAAAUUACAAAUUCCCAUGGUGGAAGUGAAGUAUCGUUGACUUCCCACAAAAAUGCUACUCAUUUUAUUUAAGCCGGAUAAACGAUGGUCUUAGUCGACCCCCAAGAAAGAUUUGAACUUGUAUAGCCUCAUAUAAUUACGUUAUGCAUUUGUGAGCAUUGGCACCCAGCCAGAUUAUGGAGUCCAUUAUAAAUUGUCCCAAAAAAUUGAUUAAAUACUCCAUUAGCUUGAUAUUUUAAUAUUUCAUUGCCUGGGACUGGGUUUAUCAAACUCUAUUCUCUUUUGGCCAGGAUACAUUAACAAUUGACAAUCGCAUGCAAAGGUGUAGGACCUGAUUAAUUACAAGAAUCUUAAAAAAAAAUUGAUCUGGCUCAUACUAUAUGAUCUAGGAUUUCUACCACUGCUCAGAGCUGCCAACACCGAUGAUCACCACCCUGCACUCAUUUGACUGUGGAGAAAAUUUAUCUUGAAAUGCCUCUGGCUCACGAGAUUAUUUUAGUUUGAGGGUCCUGUAUUGGGGUGUUUUGGCAAAACGUGUUUGUUUUUGGACAAAACUAUGGUACUCGGACAACACACUUGCAUACAAAGGAGCAACUCUGGAGGUCAGUAUCCCGCUUGUUGUACUGUCAUAUACUGGCCACCUCCACAUCCCAGCGCAUUGGGAGUCAAGCGCGUGAUGGUGUCGUUAGUAGAUCUGCCGGCCUUUUACUGUUGCCGUGCUGAAUUCAAGGCUACACGUGGCUACCCUUGGCUGGCAUAUAUUUCAUGACGUAAUCUCGGCAACCAGAACAAAGUAGAAGUUGGUGUGGAAUGAGAACUGGAAUUCGAAGACAAGCGGUUGCUAAGAUGUGAUCCAAGACUGCAAUGAUUUUGUAGUUAAUCCGUUACUUUUUAAACAUCCUGUUUUGAUUCCUUUUGCAUUAUUAACCUUACCUUUAACUACAAUGUGAAAUUUGUAUGGGAUUUAUAUCAACGAUCACAUCAGAGGGCAUUUAAUUACAAUAUAAUUUGACAAAAAAACGUACCAACAAUAAAGUUCUGUACAGCUGCCCUAUUUUCUGAUUUAUUUAUUUUUAUUGGCACAACUCAUUCCAGUAACUCGCUACUGUUUUUGCAUAGCCAUUUCCAAUAAGUCACUUUUGGCAUGGGUGUUGUGACUGAUAUUUUGGUGUAGUUACUGCUGAAAAAAAACAUUCAAUAAUUUUCAUAUAAUUGUUUUAUAAAUUGUCUACACUAUAUUUAAAUAAUGAUAACAAAAAAACUGCUUAAAUGACAACUAUAGUUGUUAUAUCCUGUCCUGAAAAAAAAACGACUGUUGCAGUAAAAUAUGUAAAUAAAUAUCACGGUACACGGAGUUUAAACUGUAUGUGGUUCAUGUUGCCUUGUCUUUUUUUAUAUGAGCAGAAAUGUAUUUAAGAAUGAAUUAAUUUAGCAAGAACUGAUGAUUAUUAAUCUGGCAUUGGCAUUUGUUUGCAAGAAUUUGCGUCUGUCAACUUAGCGGUGACAUUUAUGGCGUAACAAAUUGCUUCUCGGAAUAUGGAUUCCCCAAAGCAGGAGGUAGGUGGUUGGGUGCAUUAACUAAUUCUUGUCAUUGGGUCCAAUGUAACGUUUGAUGGCUUGGCAUUGACGGCGUACUUUAAAAACAGUGUUCUUUGAGUCGAUGAUGGCAUUAGCUGAUAGCCAAACGUAAAUAUAUGCCAUACGCGUAUGGCGUAUGAGUGUUGAGCCUUGCUAAUCUCUCUGUUGGCUGCUUAGAGCCAGCGCUGGAGUAGGGGAGGAGGGGUCCAGAGCCGCAUGCGGCUCUUUAAGGACUGCUUCGUGACGUCAUUUAUGACCACCGUCUCCCAUUGCGGCUCUUGAAAUAUAGAUUGUUUUUUUUACUGAAAUCAAAUACAAAUGGCUAUUCCUGUUAUUCUGGUUGCCGGCCUCUGGCUUGGCGUUUUAUUGAUAUUGGUUUCAGGUUGAUUUGUUGAACCAGGUGAGAACUUCCAAGAGGUCAGGGUGUUUCAUUUUUUUGGUCACUUCCCAAGAAAGUGGUGCGCUUUUUAUUCUACCUAGCAGGAUGGAAAGCACGUGAAAAGUUGAGUCAAUCCAAAUGGCAAGUUCUCGUAUGUUCCUGACUUAUAGCUACAACCCAACGUUUGUGCAACAUCAUUGACACAUCCACAGUUUAAAUUACAAAGAUAAACAGUAAAAGUACUUGAAGGACACUGUUUUGCGCACGUAAAUGCAAGUUUGUUUUGUUUGUAAUUUUCUUCCGGCUUUUUUUUUGUCUAGUGUUUCUAUUCCUUUUGGAAAGCAUAACUCAAAGCAUAAGAAAUAUAAUAAAAAUGUUGUGUAAGUUAAAUGUCUAUUUUAUGUGCGAUGGAGCCAGAAUGUAUACAUUUACUACACACAAUGGUCUGCAACAGUAUGCUUGUAUGGAUUUUAUGGUUUUCAUAUUUAAAGAAUAAUAUGUUAAAUAUAAUAAAACAGUUUUGUUGUAAAAUGAUAUUGUAUGUAAGGUCGUUACCUAUUUUGUUGUAUGUUUAUACUGUAUUUUAUUAUUAAAGGCAACAUUUUGAAGUGUGA